CAUUGCUAUCCCUAUCCCCAGUUGAGAGUAGAAGAUAGUAGAAGGGAUCUGUACAUGCAAGAAGCUCUGUAAGAUUUUGCUGUACUUUAGCUAGCAAGACCAGACUCCCGUCAACCACUCUCGAGACUGCUAGCACUCGCUCCCAUUGCUACCCCGUCGAGAUGGCAGACGACGACAAGAUGGUAGACCGCGGUGAUGCAGUGUCUAGCCUCGGGGAUUCUAAGCAUGGUUUUAAGACUGUUGAUGGCGGCAGAGCAGUGGUAGAAGACACAGAAGCUGCUAUCCUAGAAGAUGUCGAAGUCGCCAAGGUCGAGGCUGUCUACAGAAAAAUCGACCGCAGGAUCAUUCCUCCAUUCUGGAUCCUCUACUUCCUCUGCUCCGCCAUCCGCUCCAACGUCGGCCUCUCCCAAACCAUGAACGCCUCCGUGCACCACGACCUCGCCUCCAUCCUCCACCUAACCGCCAAACAAGUCUCCCUGGGCCUCGCCCUCUUCUACGUCUCCUACGUCAUCUUCGACCUCCCCUCCAACCUCAUCAUGUCCCGCCUCAGUCCCCGCGUCUGGAUGGCCCGCAUCGUCUUCGCCGUCGGCGUCAUCGGCGCCUGCUUCGCUGCCAUCAAAGCAGCUUGGUCACUCUUCCUCCUCCGCUUUCUCCUCGGUGUCGUAACGGCGGGAAUGUGGCCGGGGAUGGCUUACUACCUCACCCUCUUCUACCCCCCCUCCCGCACUGGAAAGCGCAUCGGAUACUACUUUUCCGCGGCCCAGCUCUCUGCCGCAGUCGGGGGCCUCGUCUCCGCGGGCUUCCAGGAAAUGGAUGGCCUCCACGGCCUCGUUGGGUUCCAGUGGAUGUUCCUUGUCUACGGCGUCCUAGGCGCCGCCCUCGGCAUCGCCCUGCUCUGGUGGCUCCCUGAGCGUCCCCUCGUCCCCGGCCAGGUCGCGCCAGAGAAAAAGGGACUGCUGCGCUGGCUGCCGAGUCCGAAGCCCAUACUGACGGGCGAAGACGCUGAAAUCCAUUAUCGGGAUCUUGGGAGGGUGUAUCACGUGCGUCCGUGGACGACGAGGGAUCUACUCCGCGUUCUGGCGGAUUGGAGGUUAUGGCCGCUGGUGAUUAUGUAUUUUGGCGUUGUAGGCGUGGGAAUCGGGACACAGCUUUACGGCUCCGUCAUCAUCGCCGGCAUCGACCCCGGUUUCUCCUCCAUCACCGUCAGCUUGCUCUUCGCACCCAUCUGGAUCAUGGACCUCCUAGCAAUCCUCCUCAUAACCCCCCUCUCCGACCGUUUCCACCGUCUCCGCCCCCACUUCUUCAUCACCGCCGUCCUCGUCCAAAUCGCCGGUCUCCUAACCACCACCUUCGCCCCCCCCUCCCGCCCUGGGCCCGCUACGUCGGCCUCCUCCUCGUCGGCACCGGUCUCGGCCCCACCGUCCCCAUCACGAUGACAUGGACUUCUGAGGUCUUCCAAGCCCGCCACGGGGAGGUAGGCGUCGCGGCUGCGUCGGCGCUGGUGAGUGGUUUGGGGAAUCUGGGGAGUAUCACCACGACGUAUGCGUUGUACUCUGGGUGGCCGGAUGAUGCGGUGAAGGGGCCGCAUCGCUUCAGGGGGAGUAAUUUGGCGAUGAUUGGGAUUUUGUGUGGGAGUAUCAUUGCUGCCAUCACGAUGACGGUGUUGCUCCGCUACUUCGGGAAUGAACCCGCCAAGGUCGUCAGUAGUGGUAGCUCUACCACCACCACCAACGCCACCGCCGCAGACGCGGUCAUCGUAGACGGUGCCGCACGUCGUGAAGUCCAGGAGCGAGGUCUAGGACGGCGGUGCUGGACUCGUGGCGCUUAGUUCGCCUAACUAACUAACUAACUAAGAGAUCUCAUCAUGCGGAGUGCCCAUAGUCCUGAUCCUGCAUCUGACCCUCUGUGUAUGGUCGUUGUUCGAGAGGGGGUGUGGGUGCUUCUCUCUGUGAUGAGAUGGUGGGGGGAGAGGUUCAACAUCUAUUUCAUUUGUUUCCGCAGCCCAGCCCAUUUCAACCUGUGCAUUGCACCGCAUUCACUUCUCAUACGACC